AGCAGACUUCAUGUGAAAAGGCACGAAGGGUUUAUACUCUGAAUCAGAAGGAACGUGAUGUAAUGGAGCUUCAGAAGAUGAUGCAGGAGGCUCUUUAUCUUUCCAUGCACAGAGUGCUGCCUGCCCUGCCAGCCACACACCGCACAGACUGUGACACUCCCGCUGCUGACAGCCGGGCAAGACUCCAGUCCAGCUCGCACACAAAUCUGCACCAGGUUUGAAAAAUCACUCGGACCUGCUGAAGUAAAACCUUAGCAAGAACAACUGCCUUCCAAAUCAAAGUCUGCAGGGAGCGGGCUGCUGAGGGCCACGGGCAACGAUGGGCUGUGGUGGGCUUGGUGCUGCUGGUGGCACCUUAGUGCUGGAGAUGAGGAGAAAGCUGUGAGGAUCAGCACCAGCCUUUUGGAGAAGAGACAACUUGUCAGAGGAUGUCCUAUCAGGAUGAACAUGGCUCAUUCAAGAAUUAACUCUCUAUUCGUCUUCUACCUCAGUUUUUUCCUGCUCCUCCACUUAAAAAAGUCACUUCCCAUGAGAAAUGAUUCCAGGUGCCCACCGAACUCCUGCCAAAAGAACUCCACAUGCAUUACUGGUCACAGAGACAAUAUUUGCCGUUGUGCGGACAUGUCACUUGAGGAACGCUUGGAGGAACUCUGCAAUAACACCUCCGAUCCUUGCUUCUCAAACCCUUGUCUUCAAAAUGCUACCUGUUCAAGUUCUGCUGGAAACCUCAAUUUCACUUGCGAGUGCCCGGAUGGGUACAAUGGGACCACUUGUGAAAUAGCCAUCAGUAUGUGUGACAGCAACCCCUGCGAACACGGAGGCACGUGCCUCGAUGGCCUGGCCAGGCCCACCUGCCUCUGUCGCACAGGAUUCACAGGUACACGCUGUGAAAUGGAUGUUGAUGAGUGCAGCUCGGAACCGUGCCACAACGGAGCAGUGUGCAGGGAUGGGAUUGAUGAAUACUCCUGCUACUGUGUCCCAGGCUACCAAGGCAAGCACUGUGACCUGGAGGUGAAUGAAUGCGUGUCAGACCCAUGCCUGAAUGGGGCAACGUGUCUUAACCUUAUAGGGAGGUAUUACUGCAUAUGUCCACUUGGGUACACAGGCGCCAACUGCGAGCUGGACGUGGACGAGUGCCAGUCGCUGCCGUGCCAGAACGGCGCCACCUGCCGCGACGCUCCGGCCGCCUUCUCCUGCUCCUGCCCGCCCGGUUUCCGCGGCGCCCUCUGCCAGACGGACGUGGACGAGUGCGCCAGCAGCCCCUGCCUGCACGGAGCGCGCUGCGCCGACCUGCCCGGGGGGUACAGCUGCAACUGCACUGGCACCGGGUUCAUGGGCCCGCACUGUGAGACCCAUGUACCCCCGUGCUGGUCACAGCCGUGCUACAACAACGCCACAUGUGAGGACAGUGCUGAUGGAGUCAUCUGUCACUGCUGGCCAGGCUACACCGGCUCCCACUGCGAGACCGACAUCAGCGAGUGCAGCAGCGCGCCGUGCACCUCGGGCCGUUGCCUGGAGCGCUCCUGGUCGGCCCGCUACGGCCACGAGCCCGAGCUGCCGCCGCCCUUCCGCCACGACCGCGCCGAGGGCUACGUGUGCGUCUGCCCGCCGGGCGUCCGCGGUAUUCACUGUGAUGAAGACAUCAAUGAAUGUCACAUGAACCCUUGCCAAAAUGGUGGCAUCUGUGAGAACUUUCCUGGGAAUUACACUUGCCAUUGCCCACCUGCAGACAAAGAAGGGAUUUUUUACGGCGGCUGGAACUGCACAGAAAUCCUCCAUGGCUGUACUGAUCAACAAUGCCAAAAUAAUGGAAUAUGUAUCCCACAUUUAAAAAAUGGCCAUCAUGGAUUCAGCUGCAUAUGCUCACCUGGAUAUACUGGAAUACACUGUGAAACUGUAACUACAUUUUCUUUUCAAGGAAAUGGUUUCCUUUGGUUGAAGAAUCCCACAGCCACUAAAGAGGAAUUUUCCUAUAAUAUAAACCUGAGGUUUCAGACUGUGCAACCGUCAGCCUUUCUAUUUUAUCGAGGAGAGAAAGACACAUUUGUGAAGCUGGAGUUACUGAAUGGCUACUUACAUUUGUCCGUGCAAGUCAAAAACCAGCCACGGGCUCUUUUGCAUAUUUCACAUAAUGUCAGUGAUGGAGAAUGGCAUUCUGUGGAGGUAACCUUGGCAAGAGCUGUUACUCUUAAUUUACUUGACAGCUCUUGUGCAGAAUCAUGUGUCAAUAAAACUUCUGCUAUGAUAGAUAAUGAUCACGUGAGGCUUGCAUUUCAGAGCACAUUUUUGGGCAGCUUACCAGUGGGGAACAUUAGCAGCAGCUCUCAGCUUAACAUCAGUAAUAUACAUUCUACACCUUCAUUUGUAGGCUGUCUUCAGGAUAUUGAAAUAGACUUGAAUGUUAUUACUCCAGAGAAUGCAUCACCUGAAUCCUCUUUAAACGUCGAGACAGGAUGCAGGAAGAAGGACUGGUGUGAAAACCACCCCUGCCAGAACAGGGGCCGCUGUUCCAACCUGUGGCUGAGUUACCACUGUGACUGCUACCGGCCGUACGCGGGGCCGAGCUGCAGAGCAGAGUAUAUUCCAGGUCGAUUUGGAUCUGAGGACUCCUCAGGCUAUGCUGCUUUUUCUGUUGAUGCUACUGAGAAUGAAAAUCUGAACAUAUCAAUGUUUGUCCGAACUCGCAAAUCUUCUGGCUUGUUACUGGCUUUGAGAAACAGUACCUGUCUCUAUGUAAGAGUCUACUUGGAAGAUGGGAAACUCACGAUGUUAGCUCCAAAUUCCAUGAAGCUCUUAGGGAAACAUCCUAUAAAUGAUGGAAAUUUCUACCUAAUAACAUUAAAAAUAGAACCAAAUAUGUUGGAAUUAUUCCAAUCCUCUCAAUACUUAGGCUUUAUUUCUACUCCACUACUAACCACCCAAAGUAAGGACUUUCUUUACAUCGGAGGCCUACCAAAUAACAGAGAAACUGAUAGAAAUGGUGGGUAUUUCAAAGGCUGCAUCCAGGAUGUAAGAGCGAAUAACCAGCCGCUGGAAUUCUUCCCCCUCACCAAUUCACUGCAUUCUUCUAUCAACCGAACCCUGAUCAACGUCACCCAAGGCUGCAGUGGUGACAAUCUCUGCAAGUCCAGUCCUUGCCACAACGGUGGUGUAUGCUAUUCAAUCUGGGAUGACUUCACUUGCACAUGCCCCCCUAACACUGCAGGAAAAGCUUGUGAGGAAGUUAAGUGGUGUGAGCUUGGGCCCUGCCCUCAUGAAGCACAAUGCAAGCUGGUGCACCAAGGAUUUGAAUGUCUCACUAAUGCAAUGUUUAGAGGCCGAAGCAGCGCUAUAUUUUACAGAAGCAACGGGAAAAUCAGCAGAAGCCUCACCAAUAUCGUGUUUGGCUUUCGAACUAGGGACACAAAUGUGAUACUGCUGUAUGCGGAGAAGGAGCCUGAAUUUGUUAUCAUCAGCAUUCACAACUCCAAACUGGUCUUCCAACUGCAAAGUGGCAACAACUUUUACAUGUUGACUCUCACUAGCUCACUGACUGUGAGUGAUGGGAAGUGGCACCAAGUGAUGGUCUCCAUGCUGGAGCCCCUGUCUCAGUUCUCGAGGUGGCACAUGAACCUUGACAACAAGGACACUGCAACCAGUACAGCUGCUACAGGAAGUCUCAACUUUCUACGAGAAGAGGCAGAUAUCCAUGUGGCUGACAAGGCUUUUGACAAUUUGGAUGGCCUGCGAGGAUGCAUGAGCACCAUAGAGAUUAGUGGAAUUUAUCUCUCCUACUUUGAAAAUGCUGAUGUCCUGACUAAAAAACCUCAAGAGGAACAAUUUCUCAAAAUAUCUGCAAACCCUGUUCUUACGGGCUGCUUGCAGGAGGAUGCCUGCAGCUCAGAGCCCUGUAUGCACGGGGGGACGUGUGAAGACUUGUACACCUCCUAUCGCUGCAUGUGUCCCCCGGGGUGGGUAGACACCCAUUGCGAGACCAACAUCAACGAGUGCUUCUCCAACCCCUGCAUUCAUGGAAACUGCACGGAUGGGAUCAGCUCUUAUGAGUGUGUCUGUGAACCCGGCUACACAGGGUUGAACUGUGAAGAGGACAUAGACUACUGCCGUGGCCACCAGUGUGCGAAUGGGGCCACCUGCAUAGAUGGGAUUAAUGGAUAUUCAUGUCUGUGUGCUGGUAACUUUACUGGAAAGCUUUGCAGGUAUCGAAGAUUACCCUAUACAGUUUGUGGGAAUGAAGACAGAAAUCUCACCUGUUACAAUUAUGGCAACUGUACUGAUCUUGGAGGCAAGCUGGCCUGCAUGUGCCUGCCAGGAUUUGUUGGAGAACGGUGUGAAAAGGACAUUGAUGAGUGCAGCUCUGAUCCAUGCCUGAACGGAGGCCUCUGCCAGAACCUGCUCAACAAAUUCCACUGCCUCUGCGACGUGAACUAUGCUGGGGACCGCUGUGAGAUCGAUUUGACAACUGACUUGAUCUCCAACAUAUUCACCUCCCUUGGCUCAGUAACGCUGGCUUUAUUGAUCCUCUUCUUGGCAGUUGUGGUUUCAGUCAUUGCUGCCAAUAAAAGGUCGACCCAAGGAACCUACAGCCCCAGCCGGCAGGAGAAGGACGGCGCCCGCGUUGAGAUGUGGAGCAUUGUGCAGCCACCGCCAGUAGAGAGACUCAUUUAGGGGAAGGC